AUGCCGAACAAGAAAUCCAACGCGAACCACGACCCCAAGAGGAAGGGCAGAGCCAAGGCUGCUCCUAGACCCCGAAAUCCCAGGCCCGCUCCUGAACCAACGGCUAUGCGACUAACACGAGCACGCUCCCGGCUUAACAAUGCUCCUCCUCUGAUGGCGAGCCUUGAAUCUGAUAGAGAUUGCCAAAGACGUGCCCUCGUUGCAGACCCUGAGCCCUUGCCAUUCAAGGAUGUUGUUCAGAGGCUCGGCGGCACUGCUAAUAUGGCUAGCAGAGAAAAAAAAAGAAUCACGCUCAAAUUAAAUCACGCUGCACGCGCUUCGGCUGCUGGUCCUUCAAACCAGGGUCAGUCCUCAGGUUCGAACACAGCAGCAGCAUCAUCGAGCUCAUCUUCUUCUGCUGCGCCUCCUGCAGCUGGAAUGGCCAAACUCACUCCCUCCCCAAGCCCAAGCAUAUCCCCAAGUUCAAGUUCUAGUUCAGGCUCAGGGCGUUCAUCCCCUUCGGACCAGAGUGAGUAUGCAGCUCCAGGAAGGAGGAUAAUCAAGAUCAAAGCCCAUCGCCGUGCAGCUUCUUCAGAAGCUAAUCCUCCAGACCAAAAUCAGUCUGCAAGCUCGAGCUCUGAACAAACAUCUUCGCCAUCUGCAGCGGGCCCUUCUAGUCAGGACCGCCAUCUCAGCGCAAGCCCUAGCUCCAGCUCGGAGCUUUCAUCCCCACCGUCUUCAUCCCCUUCUCCCCCGGUAGCCGGUCCUUCUGAUCAGGAUCCACACUCCAGCUCAAGCUCGCGUUCAGGGCCUUCAUCGCCAUCUUCUUCGCCUUCAGCGGAAGCUCAAGCGUCUGGAUCCCCAAUACCUUUAGCAGCUGGGCCAUCCAAUGUCAUUCCAUCCUCGAGCACUGGCCCAGGCUCAAACUCAGAUUCAGAAAUCUCUUCGCCGAAUUCACCUACUCGAACUUCUCCACCUCCAAACCGCCCAAGUCCUGAUACGAUAAAGAUAGACGUACUUAUCGCUAUGGGCCAUGAACAGCCGAGUAGCGACGAGUAUGAGAGCGAUGGCGACGGUUGUUCUGGUGAUCCCCCAAGUGAUGGAUCUGAGGAUGAGUCAAGUGGGAGCGGAGCUAGCAGUGGUUAUGAAGCCUCUGAGGAAACCUCCGAUGACACAGAAUUUACCGGCUCUGAAAGUUCAUCAGAUUCGGAGGGAGACGAUGGGAGCGAUGAUGAUGAUGCGUCAGGAGGGCCAUGCUCUAGGCCUUCUGGCUCUUCUGGCCCCUUUGAUCCUCCUGGGUCCCCGGGUGUUCUGAUUGCUGCUGGUUCUUCUUCCGACCAGGAGUAUCCAAGCGGGUACGAGGCUGACGAUGAGCACAAUUCAGGGCAAGCCGCCCCCCAAACUGCGCCUCUCAACGGUCCGGCCGCUGACUGUUCCACCAUUGUACGCGAUAAUACAGGCGCCUGGGCAAUGGUGAGUAACAUAUCCGGGGCCAGGAACCGUUCUACGUGGUUCGCUGGAUUUUCCUCGCCCAGGCUCGAUGGCCGUUCUGGACGACCAAGGCGUCCUGCAGAUAUAAAGGUUCCGUUCAUCGACUAUAGCGGAUAUGAUGCUCAAAUCGGUCGCGGGGAGGACGACAGCCCAGACUGCGCUCAGUUUAUCGGACCACUGAGAAGCUCAUUCCCAGCCUCUGUUCAGUCUAUCGGACGAUUGGACACUCCUCCCGCCUACUCAGGAGGUGUCGUGGGAAAGCGCAAGCGAUCUUGUGACGACGAUGAGGAUGCUUCCGCAGCAGGAAUAAAAAGGGGACGCUCUUCGUCACCGCGCAUGGUUGUUGAAACUUCGACAACCACAAUCAUGACCACACGCUCUUCCGCUGUAGAAACUCAGGCCUCCGAGCCUCAACAACCUGUGACCCUGACCUCUGAUGCCCCUGUUUCCGAUGAGCCUAGUCCUGUGAGCAACGAGCCAGUCGCAUACGCGAAGAUGGCCACUCCUGUGGACGACCCAUCCUCAGGUGAAAUCAGCCCGCUGGUCUGGCCAUCUUUCGAUCCUGAAAUCCCAGGUAUGCACGGCUCCGGACUGAGAGCUCGUCGCCAUUAUGACUGGUACGAGCAGUUUCAUUCUGUAGGAUAUGAAUGCUACGAAGUUCAUCCCUGUUUUCACAACCCGGGGAGAGGAUGCCACCAGUGUCAUAGUGAAUGGCACAAGGACUGGGCUCGGUUCUUCAAGGCUGAGGAUCUUCUGCAAGAAGCAGCUGCAGACCCUGAGAAAUAUCUGCGAGAGACGGGACUGGAUAUGCGCGAGGACUUUAUGGGAGCCUUGUUGCAGGGCGCAAGUUGGGAGGUGCUGGCACCUCAUCUUCAGCCUCCCGCUGGCGGGAGGGUUCGAAUUCAUCCUGCACGACUUGCUAAGUAUAGGCUGGCCCUUGCUCAUGCGACAGUGCAGGUAUGA